AUGACUGGGGAUUUGGACUCUUUGUACGCUUCGUUGUCCCUAACGGAGAAGGAGAACGAAGAGGUACUCGUUGAUACAAGAAUGGUAGAGGAGGUUUUGGAUAGGGGAAAGCACUGUCUGAUAAUGUGCUUACUCACUAGAAAACACUAUAACCACGAUGCGCUCAAGGCUACAAUGAAGAAAGUGUGGAGACCUGUUAACGGAAUAAAGUUCAGGGAUCUGAACACGGUUUUUACGCUGAUUGAGUUCGAAAAUGAGGGGGAUAAAUCGAAAGUGGAGAGGAACGGACCUUGGCAUUUUGACAAACAGCUGCUCCUCAUUAAACCUUUCGAAGGCUCGAUGCAAAUCAAUUCGAUUCAAAUAAAGCAUGCGGCAUUUUGGGUACGUAUUCAUGACCUCCCCUUAAUGGCCCGAAACUCCUAUGUUGGAAAUCUAGUGGGAAACAUGCUGGGAGAAGUUAUUGAAGUUGAUUUAGAGAAAGGAGAGUUUGAAUGGGGUGAAUACAUGAGGGUAAGAGUUCUGAUUGAUAUAUCCCAACCCCUUUAG